AUGCCUCCGAUUGUAACGUCCCAGAAUUUCCCUCAUCCAAGCUCGGGAGCCUGUGACGUGAGGCCAACCAAACUCUUCGUAACUCGCCGUCACCGCUCAACAGGAUUCAAGGUUAAACUCGUGGAGCCAGACCCGUACUCACAAUAUGCGCCUUUCAUCUCGUCUCCUCGCCCCAGCAUGCUUCCAGCCCCCAAUGAGCAACGAGCCAUCGCUCAGAUCGCUAACCUGCCUCGCAGUGACCCUGCUGUCAGCCCUGCCAUCGUGGUCCUUAUCACCCUCGCGAUUCUUAGCGCCACUCUGGGAAUAGUUGCAAUGACCGUGACGCGAACCAACUGGUAUAAAGGACUCCUUCCCAGCUUUGGUCUACUGAGCUUCAGAACACGACCACGAUCUGCGCAGCACGUCAAAGAAAUGUCGGAAGAGGAAUUCGGAUGUGUUGAUGGGGUGAAAGCCCAAUUUGUGUUCCCUGCUGCAGAAGCGUCGGACGAAUGGGUCAAUGAGGGCUAUUCAGACUCUUCAACAAUCGCACCAGGGAUUCCACUACAUUGCAAUAGUUCAGAGUUGUCGACACGUGACCAAACCGUCAUCGGAGGAGACUUUAGGGACCGCAUGGAGGAAGAGGAAGCGGAUAUUGCGCUCGCGCUGAAAAUCGCCCUUCGCGAUAGACUCGUAGAUGAAACGGAAAACAAUCAAUUUCCAGAAGUUGAAUCUCAACAUGAAGUCGAGUACUAUCAGGACAACCAGAAUCGACGACGUCAAGGGUCCGAUGCGUCUGAUUCCACGGAGCAAACAUCAUCGAUAGAAGCGAUAGAUAUGAUUUCAUUUGGGUGCUUCUCAAGGUCGUCGUCGUCGACCUCCUUAAGCCACAUACGAAACGACGGAGAAGACCCAGACGAAACCGAUGAAGACACGUCAGAGUCGGUGUAUGAAGUACAGCUGGCGCGAGCGCUGAGCCUGGAAGUAAAAAGGGGAAUCCUUGUGCGUUGUAAAGGGCGGAAGAGACAAGGCGAGGUGACAGGGGAAUGCUCCACGGCGAUACCGUCGCUAAUGAUCACAGGGCCAAGCUUGAUGAGCCUCGCAACGACGGUGGAAUCUAGUUCGAGUUCGAUGGACCUGGGCGAGUUUCCCCUUCCGCCAAGAUAUCUUUAUCCCGCUGUAUUUAACAAGCUGGUAGCAGAGAUGUGUGUAGAAAUAUAUUGA